GGCCCUCCGGCGGAUCGCAGCGGCCCCUCCUCCCCGAGCGGCCGCCUUUUCCCGCGCGAGCUGCCGCUCCGGCUCGGGCCGCCCGCCUGCGGGAAACAUGGCGUCUGCCCUGGAGCAGUUCGUGAACAGUGUCCGACAGCUCUCGGCUCAAGGGCAAAUGACUCAGCUUUGUGAACUGAUCAACAAGAGCGGGGAACUUCUUGCGAAGAACUUGUCCCAUUUGGACACUGUACUUGGGGCUCUGGACGUACAAGAGCAUUCUUUGGGCGUCCUUGCUGUUUUGUUUGUGAAGUUUUCUAUGCCCAGUGUUCCUGAUUUCGAAACAUUAUUCUCACAGGUUCAGCUCUUCAUCAGUACUUGUAAUGGGGAGCACAUUCGAUAUGCCACAGACACUUUUGCUGGGCUUUGCCAUCAGCUAACAAAUGCACUUGUGGAAAGAAAACAGCCCCUGCGAGGAAUUGGCAUCCUUAAGCAAGCCAUAGACAAGAUGCAGAUGAAUACAAACCAGCUGACCUCAAUACAUGCUGAUCUCUGUCAGCUUUGUUUGCUAGCAAAAUGCUUUAAGCCUGCCCUUCCAUAUCUUGAUGUGGACAUGAUGGAUAUCUGUAAAGAGAAUGGUGCCUAUGAUGCAAAGCACUUUUUAUGUUACUACUAUUAUGGAGGAAUGAUCUAUACUGGGCUGAAGAACUUUGAGAGAGCACUCUACUUUUACGAACAGGCUAUAACUACUCCUGCUAUGGCUGUCAGUCAUAUCAUGUUGGAAUCCUAUAAAAAGUAUAUACUAGUUUCUUUGAUAUUACUUGGCAAAGUACAACAGCUACCGAAAUACACAUCUCAAAUUGUGGGUAGAUUCAUUAAGCCUCUUAGCAAUGCAUACCAUGAAUUAGCACAAGUUUAUUCAACUAAUAAUCCCUCAGAACUCCGCAACCUGGUGAACAAGCACAGUGAGACGUUUACUCGUGAUAACAACAUGGGACUGGUGAAGCAGUGCUUGUCCUCCCUCUAUAAGAAGAAUAUUCAAAGGCUAACAAAGACCUUCUUAACACUAUCAUUACAAGAUAUGGCAAGCCGAGUGCAGUUAUCUGGGCCUCAGGAGGCAGAAAAAUAUGUUCUACAUAUGAUAGAAGAUGGUGAAAUUUUUGCAAGUAUUAAUCAGAAGGACGGUAUGGUCAGUUUUCAUGAUAACCCCGAGAAAUAUAAUAACCCAGCCAUGCUUCAUAACAUUGAUCAGGAGAUGCUGAAAUGUAUAGAGCUGGAUGAGCGACUGAAGGUCAUGGACCAGGAGAUCACGGUGAAUCCUCAGUUUGUGCAAAAGAGCAUGGGAUCACAAGAAGAUGAUUCAGGAAACAAACCAUCCAGUUACUCAUGAAACUCGCAUCCAUCUGGAGGUCAACAGAGAAAUGAUCACUUUGGCCAGUGGCAAGUGUUAGGAGGACUGCAGGGAGCACCAAGUCUGUUUCAUCUGGACAUUAAGACAUUGUUUUGUUUUGACAUCUUCAGUCUUUGUGCUGUCAGAAAACCAUUCUCUCUGCAAAGAAAGGAAAAAAUUCAAACUUUAAAGUCUGUUGUGGAUUUAUUUAUCCUCAGAUUAAUGUUGUUACUGCAUUAAAGCUACCUUUUUGUUUUAAA